AUGCGUCUACCAGGAGCCGGGCUCCUCCUCAGGGGCCUCUGCCUUUCAGUCUUUCUGUCAAGCCCCGCAGAGGCCAUCGAUUUGGAUAUUAGCAGUGAACAAUCGAUCAAAGAUGCCGCCAGCACAGCCGUAUAUGCUAUGAUGACCUAUUAUUCCGGUAACGAGACCGGUCAAAUACCUGGCGCUUUCCCAUCUAAAUGGUGGGAGGGAUCGGCGCUAUUCCUCGCCCUCCUCCAUUAUUGGCACUUUACCGGCGAUACCACAUAUAAUGAUGAGCUACGGGUUGGCCUGGAGUGGCAAUCUGGAACCGAUGGAGACUACAUGCCUGCCAACUAUAGUAGUUACUUGGGAAAUGACGAUCAAAUGUUUUGGGGAGUCGCUGCUAUGACUGCCGCCGAAAUGAAAUUCACCGAUUCAUCCACCGGAUUUUCUUGGUUAUCCCUCGCUCAGGGAGUAUUCAACACACAGAUCAAACGAUGGGACACCACCAAGUGCUCGGGUGGAAUGCGCUGGCAGAUAUACCCCUACCAAAGCGGUUAUACCAUGAAGAACGCGAUCUCAAACGCUGGAUUGUUUCAGCUGUCCGCUCGCUUGGCGCGUUAUACAGGAGAUGCUAUUUAUCUCACAUGGGCUAAUAAGAUUUGGGACUGGUCUGUGUCAACGAAUUCAUCGCCCUUGAUCAAUAAUGCGACAUGGGAUGUUGCUGAUUCAACAAACAUGGAGAAUGAUUGUACAACACGUGGAAACACUCAAUGGUCAUACAACUAUGGAGCUUAUAUGACGGGAGCCGCCUAUUUAUACAAUUAUACAAACGGAAGUUCUUACUGGCUCGAAGCCGUCAACGGUCUCCUGAAUCAGACAUUGUUGUCAUUUAUCCCUGACAGCAACGGAGGCAUUUUUGAGGAAGUCACAUGCGAGCCUACAGAAGUGUGCAAUAACAAUGAGAUCCUUUUCAAGGGACUCGUCUCCUCCUGGCUGUCGUUUACCGCUAUGCUUGUUCCGUCGACUUACAGCAGAAUCGUCCCUAAGCUGCAAACAUCAGCCCAAGCCGCCGCUAAGUCAUGCACAGGUCAUAGCAACAAUACGUGCGGUGUCAGAUGGUAUAAAUCUACAUAUGACGGGUGGAUCGGAAUGGAGGAGCAAGUCAGCGCAAGCGAUAUCUUCUCGGCAAGCUUGGUCAGUUUCAAUGCGGUAGGGCCAGUCACAUCGACAACAGGAGGAAACAGUACCAGCAACCCAAAUGCUGGAAAUAACGACAGCACGACGACCACUACGCAGAAUGUUAUCACUACGAAAGAUAAAGCUGGGGCCGGAAUUCUGACGGUUCUUUUUGUUGUCGGCUGGGCUGGCCUCAUCGGAUGGACAGUUCUAGGUGGUUAA